GCCAUUCUCAGGCAGAUCAACUCGAACGGGCGUCUAGUGAACAACACGCAACGACGAUAUAUCCGAACCAAAUCCAACGAACAAUUCAAUUUGAAACAUCUCACAAAAGCAUCUGAGCUCUAAAAUCGCAAAAUGGUUUACGAAAGUGGAUUUACGACUCGCAGAACCUACUCCUCGAGGCCGGUGACGACUUCUUACGCCGUUACGUACCCCUCGGUCGAGAAAGUAACUCGUGUGUACAAGUCGAGUUACCCCAUCUACUCGAGCUACUCGGUGCCCCGCCGCGUGUACGGCGCAACCCGGGUGGUGACCUCGCCCAUCCGCGUGGUGACCUCGCCCGCCCGCGUGGUCUCCCGCGUCAUACACUCCCCAUCGCCUGUUCGCGUUGUCCGCACGACGACCCGAGUGAUUUCAUCGCCGGAGCGCACCACCUACUCCUACACCACGCCAUCGACCUACUACAGCCCCACCUACUUGCCAUCGACCUACACUUCGACCUACAUCCCGACAUCGUACACCACGUACACGCCGUCCUACGUCUACAACCCGACCACGGUCACCCGGGUGUACGCGCCCCGUAGCUCGCUUUCGCCGCUGAGGAUCACCUCCUCGCCGGUGAGGGUCGUUACCAGCCCGGUUCGCUCCGUGCCCGCCUACCUGAAGAGGCUGCCGCCUGGAUACGGUGCCCGGGCGCUGACCAAUUACCUCAAUACCGAGCCCUUCACCACCUUCUCCGAGGAAACAAGCCGGAUUCGCAACCGGGCGCAAUCUCUGAUUCGUGACUUGCAUACUCCCGUGGUGCGCCGUGCACGCAGCUGCACUCCCUUCCCAGUCACUGGCUACACCUAUGAGCCGACUUCCCAACUGGCCCUCGACGCCUAUGUGGCCCGCGUCACAAAUCCUGUGCGUCACAUCGCCAAGGAGGUUCACAAUAUCUCGCACUACCCCAGGCCAGCUGUAAAAUAUGUUGAUGCCGAGUUGGAUCCUAACCGUCCAUCUAGAAAAUUUUCUGCCCCUAGGCCCCUGGAGGACCCACUCGACGUGGAGGCCAAGGAGAAGCAGCGUCUUCGCCAGGAGCGCCUGCUGACGGUCAACGAGGAAGCCCUAGAUGAAAUCGAUUUGGAGAAGAAGAAAGCCCAGAAAGCCGAUGAGGCCAAGCGUCGGGAAGAGAAGGCCCUGAAGGAGGAGAGGGACCGCCUAACAGCUGAGGCCGAGAAACAGGCUGCUGCCAAGGCGAAGAAGGCCGCCGAAGAGGCCGCCAAGAUUGCCGCCGAAGAGGCUCUUCUGGCGCAAAAGGCUGCAGAAGAGUCUGCCGCCAAGGCUGCCGAAGAAGCCGCUCUCAAAGCUGCCGAAGAAGCCCGUCUAGCCGAAGAAGCUGCCGCCAAGGCUGCCGAAGAGACUGCCCAGAAAGCGGCCGCAGAGGCUGCCCAGAAAGCCGCCGAGGAAGCUCGUCUAGCGGAAGAGGCUGCUGCCCAGAAGGCCGCCGAGGAAGCUGCCGCAAAGGCCGCCGAAGAAGCCGCUCUCAAGGCUGCCGAAGAGGCUCGUUUGGCCGAAGAAGCCGCCCAAAAGGCUGCUGAAGAGGCCGCGCUGAAGGCUGUGGAGGAAGCCGCCCAGAAGGCCGCCGAAGAGGCCCGCGCCGCUGAGGAAGCCCGUCUGGAGGAGGAGCAGCGCCUUCGGGAGCAGGAGCUGGAGCGCCUGGCGGAGAUCGAGAAGGAGAGUGAGGGCGAACUCGCUCGCCAGGCCGCCGAGCUGGCCGAGAUCGCCCGCCAGGAAUCUGAGAUCGCCGCCCAGGAGCUGCAGGCCAUCCAGAAGAACGACACCGAGGCCGAGGCCACCGAGCCCCUGGUCGAGGAGCCCGACACGCCCGUCGAGGAGCAGGAACCGGUCAUCGAGCUAGGCUCCAAUGUUACCCCCACAGGAGGCAACAACUUCGAAGAGGAUCUCGAUGACGAGGAAGAGGAGGAGGACGAGGAGGAGGAAUAGAUUCUACAUAAUCACCAUGCUGUCAACCUAAUUUAAAAGAAACAAUAAAAAUAAUAUAAAAACCA